AUGGCGGCCUGCCCGCCGCCCCUGUCGGGACAGGACGAAGGGUCGUUUGCAUAUCUUACAAUUAAAGACAGACUACCACAGAUCUUAACCAAGGCUAUUGAUACAUUGCAUCGACAUAAAAAUGAAAUGUUUGAGAAACACGGAGAGAAAGGCAUAGAAGCUGAGAAGAAAGCAAUUUCUCUUCUUUCUAAAUUGCGGAAUGAAUCACAAACAGACAAGCCCAUUGUCCCCUUAGUGGAGAAGUUUGUUGAUACUGACAUAUGGAAUCAGUACCUAGAACAUCAUCACAGUCUUUUAAAUGACAGUGAUGGAAAACCAAGAUGGUUCUACUCACCAUGGCUGUUUGUGGAAUGCUACAUGUAUCGUAGAAUUCAUGAAGCAGUUAUCCAGAGUCCACCAAUUGAUGACUUUGAUGUAUUUAAAGAAUCAAAAGAACAAAACUUUUUUGGGUCGCUGGAAUCCAUCACAGCUUUAUGUGUUCACCUGCAAGAGCUGAUGAAAACAGUUGAGCACCUGGAUGAAAAUCAGCUGAAAAACGAGUUUUUUAAGCUUCUUCAGAUUUCACUGUGGGGAAAUAAGUGUGAUCUGUCUCUAUCAGGUGGGGAAUCCAGUUCUCAGAAGACCAGUAUAAUAAGUUCUUUGGAAGACCUAAAGCCUUUCAUUUUAGUGAAUGACAUGGAACAUGUUUGGUCAUUGCUUAGCAAUCGCAAGAAAACAAGAGAAAAAACAUCUGUUGUUAGAGUGGAUAUCGUUCUAGAUAAUUCUGGGUUUGAACUUGUUACAGAUUUAACAUUAGCCGACUUCUUGUUGUCUUCUAAAUUGGCUACCGAGAUCCAUUUUUAUGGAAAAAUGAUCCCAUGGUUUGUUUCUGAUACUACUAUCCAUGAUUUUAAUUGGCUGAUUGAACAAGUAAAAUGUUCUGAUCAUAAGUGGGUGUCCGAGUGUGGGGUCAAGUGGGAAAACUAUGUUAAGACGGGCAGAUGGGUUUACCAUGAUCACAUAUUUUGGACACUGCCUCAUGAAUUCUGUGCAAUGCCUCAGGUUGCUCCUGACUUAUAUGCUGAACUACAGAAGGCACAUUUAAUUUUAUUCAAGGGUGAUUUGAAUUACAGGAAGUUGACGGGUGACAGGAAAUGGGAGUUUACUGUCCCGUUCCACCAGGCUUUGAAUGGCUUCCACCCCGCCCCGCUCUGCAGCAUCCGCACCUUGAAAGCGGAGAUUCAGGUUGGUCUGCGGCCUGGGCAAGGCGAACAGCUCACAGCCUCCGAGCCCAACUGGCUGACCACCGGGAAAUACGGAAUUCUUCAGUUUGAUGGUCCACUUUGA